UGAAGGUGGGACAGUCCCCGACGUGCCCCUCUCAAGCCGCGAGCGCGUUGUUCCUGUCGUGAGGGCAAGAUGUCGUCGGCGUUGCAGUCAUAUCUUCUCAUAGUUGACCACAACAAGGAGGAAGCCGGCCAAAUUGCUGGGAAAGUUGCUCAAGAUGUCGAGAGCAAGAAGACAACCCUCAUAGACGUCGUGCAGUCCCUAGGCGAAUAUAUAAAUGACGAAGAUCCCCUUAUUAGGGGCAACGCAGUCUCAUACCUGACGGCUGUCAUCAAAGCCUUGUCCCCGAAGUAUCUGUCUCGCCAGCAGAUUCAAGUCCUGACCGCGUUCUUAUGCGACCGCAUUGAAGAUGGGGGCGCCGUCGCAGGGCUGGAUACUCUGCAGAAAUUGGAUCGAUUCAAUAAAGUGCUGGCGGAGGAAGUAGCCCGAGCAAUUUUCUCGCACUUUCAGGACUUGCAGUCACGAUCACAAUCUCAAAGGUUCCAGGUCUACCAACUGCUUAAUGAAUUGAUGUCCAACUACCGAGACGCUUUGCGUGCUAUGGGUGAGGAGUCAAUCGUUGGCGUGGUGGAUCUCAUGGCUGGCGAAAAAGACCCUCGCAACCUCAUGAUUGUCUUUUCGAUACUUAAAGUGGUUAUGGUGGAAUGGGACAUUUCAAACCAUGAAGAGCUUCUCUUCGACUCUGUGUACAAUUAUUUCCCUAUUACCUUCCGGCCUCCUCCGAAUGACCCUUAUGGAAUCACUUCACAAGAUUUGAAGGAUCGCCUGCAGGAUUGUAUAUCGUCUACGAAGUAUUUUGCUCCGCAUGCGAUUCCUGCUUUGUUGGAAAAACUUGACUCUACUUCGCCUAAUGUCAAGAGAGAUUCCUUGAACACGUUAGAGGCAUGUGUCUCUACCUAUGACCCGGAUACUGUAUCCCGGUAUUCGAUAACUAUAUGGGAUACUUUGAAGUUUGAAAUCCUCAAUGUUCAAGAAGAAUUCUUAGGCGAACUCUCCCUAAAGGUGCUUCAAUUAAUUGCCAAAAGACUUUCAGAGGGUGUCACUCAAGUUUCGCAAGAGAUUCCUCUUGCACAGUACCUGAAACCCAUUACGAAGGAGUGCAAUGAGCAACUACGAGAGCCUCAACAGAAACAAGCGAAACCCGCACAGCAAAUCUUGAGUUCAAUAUCUUCUGCAUCUGCUCUCUCAUUCGCUUUGAUCAUUCAGACUGUUGUUGCUCCUCUCCUCACAGUUUACCAAGAGGCAGAUGGGAUUGCCAAACAAAGAGCUCUGUUGGAGACCCUGGCCAUUCUUUUCGAUUCGGCUAUAGCAAUUUUUGGUUCAUGGACGUCUCGUGAUCCUGUGGUUGCAUUAGAGAACCCCCUUUUAGAGUUCAAGGAUCAGUUCUCAGAUGUCUUUAGCCAAGUUCUGAUGGGCGUGGCUAAAGAAGAGGUGUCCUUCCGCGUCACGGCUCUGAAAGGUCUUCUACGUCUUUCCACAUUGCGAAAUUUUUUCCAAGACAAUGAGAUUGGAUUGUUUGUGCAGUAUCUUAACGAAAUCCUUCUCAAGGAAGAAUCUGUCGGCAGAGACGACUUGAAGAAAGAGGCUGUUGCAGCUCUAGCGGAGAUCUCAAAAUACAAGCCACGCUUGAUUAUGGACAUCACGUUCCCUGCCUUUGUCGCUACACUUCCAGACUCUGAUGAGGGCGCUGAUAGCAGUUACAUGGCGACUCUCGAGAACUUAGCUGAAAUCAGCAUUGAACGCGACAUUUUUGAGACUCUUUUUCGGCGUCUUCUCAACAAGUUUGCUCUCCUGCUGCACAAGGAGCAGCCUGGUUCUGUGGAAUAUCCCAGGGCUAUUUUAGCGACCCUUCUUCAUGUGAUGAGCCGGAGAGAUAUGGCGCAGGAUCCAAAUCUGGAAUCAUAUUAUGAAAAGGUUGUUGUCGGCCUCAGCCGGGAUGUUGCAGCUGCAUCAUUAGGCAAAUCCAAGAACCGGAUUCUUAACGACGCAAGUGUCCUAGAUAUACUGGGAAGGAUGUGCAACCUUAUUGUCAGAGCCGCUCCGCGCAAUAAACAAGAUGAGGUGGCAGAAAAUGUCUACACUUUGUUCUCUGCGGCAGAUGGUUUUGUGUCGGUGCCAUUUUCGGAUUCUGUCACGGAAGACCAACAACGUACUAUGAUUAUAUCGACAUACCUCCUAGCCGGAUUACCGAAGGACACCACAAAGCUACCUUACACCGCACCUAACAUGGCCGGCCUACUUCGUGAUCUCGCUCAACGUUCGAUUGCACAAAAUGAACCGGCAACUCAUCUUGCUUGUCUUCGACAACUCGCUUUACUGGUCAACAAGUUUCUCUCCAAGGACGAGUUGCCUCUCGCUUCGCAGCUGUUUGAGUCACUUCUUCCUACUGGUCUCGAAGCCGAAAAACCCACUGCCCAAACCAUCGGCACUAUCUUUUGGUUAUCCAAGGCACUCAUUCUGCGGCUAGCCCCGACGACAACUCACGUCUUGACAUCCAUUUUGUCUCUCCUUUCAUCUUCGGAUCAGGCUAUCAGCACCAUUGCAGCCCGAGGCUUCUCUAUUCUUCUCAACAAUGAUGAAGUUCUCUCCGCUGCUAACGGAGCGAACAUCCGCCUACUAUCAAAGCAGCGUGUCUUCACCACGUUUGUUCCGCUUAUAUCCAGCCGAAUUCGUGAGGUCAACAUCGUUAGCGGUGAUCCUUCCUCAUCAGCCGUCCAGGACCAUAUCAAACCAGCGUACCUCACUGCCCUCUCGGGUAUCCUAUCCACCAUUUCGCCGUCCCUGGUAACACCCGAACUCCCUACUUUGCUUCCUCUCCUUCUCCAGAGCUUGGACCUCCAAACAGCCGAGUCUCAGUCAGUGCGAGCCGCCACUCUUGACACCCUCGCCGUGAUCAUCCGGGACAAUGGCGUGGGCGUUAUCGAUGAAUGUGGUCAUGUCCAGAGUCUUGUCACUAGACUUCUGAACACUUCGAAGAUCAACCAAUCGAAUGGGACCAACGCCGGGCCCGCUGCUGUAAACGGCCCCCGCCUGCGCGUUGGCGCAUUGACGUGCCUUUUCCUGCUUGCUCAACCACCCACAGGAAAUGCCCCGGCCAUCGCCAAAGCCGGAAAGUUGUCUCCUCUUCUACCGGUGAAGAGUCAAGUUUUACGUGCCUUGAAAGAGUGUCUCGAUGAUCCUCGGCGAGAUGUCCGAAAAGCCGCUGUUGAUGCUCGAGGUGCCUGGUUUAGAGGCAUCGAUGACGCCCCUGAUGAUGACGAUUGAGAAUGACCGGAAGGAAUGCAGCAUAUAUAAAAAGGAUUAGUAAAUGUCAUCUUCUCUUUAAAAAAAACUUUUCUCUUGGUUUCUAUGUUUCUGGGGGAAAUCCGGAACGGGCUUGCUGAUAUUUGCUUGUCUUCUUAUCUGCGUGUAGCAUGAAUGGAUGAACAUUAGAACUAGUUACCAUGGCUUCGACACAAAUCUGCUGCUGAUAAUAAUGCCCUCAGAUAGACAAGUAAUAGAACAUAAAAGUAAGGGUCA